CACGACUGUAUCUUUUGCACCUGACAAGGGCAUGCGAUGCAGCCCUGACGGCUUCAGCGUCUCUGACACAAUCAUGACAAAUGCUGUGGAGGGCGCCAUUGCGCUGAUUGCCAGCUGUCCUCGCUUACUAAUGACACGUAGCUUCGUCCCCUUUUAUGACAUGCAACCAAGCCUACUCAGUGUCUCCCAUGUCAUCAGGGACAUGCCAGAGUAUAAAGGAGCUUGUCUCAGCAUUGAGGGAGUCAUAUCAAGGGACUUUGCAGCAGCGCUUGAAUGCGCAGCAUCACUUGAGGACAAAAGAACGAUCUUUGAUACCUGCUGUGCUAUUGAUGAGGAACUGAGAACGAUCAGGACAAGAGAUGAUGUACACAACCAACUGCAGCGACUCGUUGGCUGGCAUAGAGGCUUUUCAGGGCUCAGCGAGGGUUUUGGAGCAGGUUGCCUGUUUGUUGACAUAGCGCCCAUGAAGGCAUUAGUCAUGCCUGCUGUAACAAGGGCAAUAGAGGCAGUGAAAGCACAUGCAGUUGUGCUGGCUCACUCAGCAUGUGUUGAGAGCCUCUCAGAGAUCCGUACCAGGACUACCCGCCUUUUGGCCAGGCCUGAGGAUACAGAUUCGUUUGGUUCUUUCCAGGAGGUGUGCAGAUUGCAGCAAGAGGAGUAUGCUGCUGUUCUGAUCCAGGCUGUACAUGUUGAUGAGCUCUACAGCUUGUUGGCAGAGCAUGAGCAGAGAGCGCCAAUGGCAGACCAGGUCCGACAUGAUGACUUGAAGGAGGCGAGAAUAACGUUUGCCAAGGCCCUUGAAGAUGCUGAGGCAUAUCUUCUUAAGAAAAUGCCGUCGUGACAAAUGUGCAUCAAGAUGCCCUUGACUGACUGGCGGAACAUCACAUGCCAGAAUGGGUAGCACUCGUGAGCCCGAGCCCUUGUAAGACGGAGAUAAAAAUAGGCUUCCUGCGGGUGGUUGUGGGCGCCAUUCCUCUGGUUUACUUAUAAGCAAUCACCAGCACCUGAUAAGGCUACAGUACCUUUUUGUUGCUGUUUACAUGUAUGAAAGCCAAUUCGAGCC